GUUACAGGUGCCCUAAGGUCCAUAGUUACGCAGUAGCUAGGGCUAUUCCCUUAGACAGACUUCAUCUCCCGUCCUCUCAGUCGCUCGUUCGAAACCGGCUUUGUGUUGCAACCCUUUUUCGCCGCCGGAAUCGAUACAAAGCAUAAUGUUGACGUUUCCGCUAUACGCUGGAUGGAGUUUGCAUUCUCCAUUGACGACGGCGGUAGUCGCCAUCGCUACCAUCUUGUCUCUUGCUCUGUGCCUGCUUUACCUGUGGUUGAGACCAAAACCGCUUCCUGGGAUCCCAUACAAUGCUGAGGCGACAAAGAGUUUAUGGGGAGACUUACCUGCUUGGAACCGCUACGCCGCACAAAACGGCGAACUCAGUUCAUGGUUGGGCGAACUCUGCCUGAAGCACCGAUCUCCCGUUGCCCAGGCCUUCAUACACCCGUUCUCAAAACCAUGGAUCCUUGUGGCGGAUUUUCAUGAGGCUCAGGACAUCCUCAUGAGGCGGACCGACUUUGAGAAGCCACAGUUUUUGAUCGACGGUCUGGCUGCUCUGGGCAGCUUCCACGCCCGAUACAAGACGAACGAUGGCCAGUUCAAGGUCAGCCGCCAAAUCAGGCAAGAUCUGAUGGCUCCCAAGUUUCUCAACGGCUACAUCGGCCCCUUUGCGCACGUCAAGGGGCUCCAGAUCGUCAAGCUCUUCGAGGCCAAGGCAGAGCUCGCCAGUGGUCGGCCGUUUCACAUUCAAAAGGACUUCGCCCGUGUUGUGCUCGACAUCAUGCUCCACCACGCAUUCGGGGACGAGUACGAGGAGUCGGCAACGGAGCCGCAGCUGGAACUCCUUGAUAAGCUGACCCCGUCGUCGAUACCGGCAGGUAGCAGGGACGAGCCUGUGAAUUUCCCCGAGGCGCGUCAAAGUUUAUUCUUCGAAGUCCUGCACGAGACCGCCGAGGUCAUGGAGCGGACCACCAUCUCGCCAACGCCACGACUAAGCCACUGGUGGUGGUCCAAGCAAGGCUGGUACAAAAAGAUCGUCGAGGAGCGACAUAACGUUAUGGCGGGGUUGCUCAAAAAGGCCGCCGCCAACGUCCGAGCCGGCAAGGCCCAGUCGGCCCUCGAGCACAUGAUGAUGCGGGAGCAGACCCUGGCCGAGAAGCAGGGCCGAGAGCCCCGACUCGUCAGCCGGAACAUGUCGGACGAGAUGUUUGCCGACCCCAUGACCGGCCACCACACGACCAGCAGCGCCAUGACGUGGGUAACCAAGUAUCUCACGGGCUACCAACACGCCCAAAAGCGGCUGCGCGAGGAGCUGUACGCCACGUUCCCCCAGGCGGUCCACGAGAAGCGCCCGCCAACGUUUGAGGAGCUGCGCCAAGCCAGGCUCCCCUACCUUGAGGCCGUCAUUGAAGAGUCACGACGCCUGACCCCUUUCGUCAUCGUUCGGGAAGCCGCGCAGGACCUGGACAUCCUGGGCCACAAAGUCCCCAAGGGCAGCCAGUGCUUCAUGCUCAGCGCCGGGCCCGGCAUCACGCUGCCUUCGGUGCCCGUGGACGAGAACAAACGCAGCCCGUCCUCCAAGGCUGGGAAACGCUGGGGCGUGUGGGACGAGUCGCGGGAUCUAAAGCUGUUUGAGCCGGAGCGCUGGCUCGUGGCUCGGGAGGACGGCGGAUACGACUUUGAUGCCACGGCGGGACCGCAGCUCGGCUUUGGUAUGGGCCCCCGUCAGUGCUGGGGCAGGCGCCUGGCGCAGCUUGCGGUUAGGACGGUCAUUGCUUUGGUCGUUUGGGAAUUGGAGCUGUUAGAGAUACCCGACGAGUUGGGAGGGUAUGCUGGGUUGGAUGGCAUCUCACGACAGCCGGUCAAGGCGUUUGCACGGAUGAGGAAGAUAACUCCUUACGAGGUUAAAGCACAAAGCCUGUAGAUUAUUGAACGGAAGGGAAGAGCUUCGCUUUCGUAAGAUAAGCGGCACGUCCGUAGAGCUGUCCGUGAAACGCCAAGUUAUACGAAUAACAGGUCUCGUCGUCAUGGUUGCAUUAUUUCAACAUUCGG